UAUUCUAUUCCAGGAAGAGAGGACGGGCAUUGCGUUUAACAUCGAGCAACUGCGUCAAUAACAGUUUUGACGAAUAUCUUUGGUUUUCCUCUACUCUUCAGCAUGGCAAAUGGCCUGUGCUGAGUGACCGAUGGCUCUCUUCCUGGACGGGACAUCAGUAGGCAGUGCCAUGGACACGUCAAACUUUGCACACGUCAUCUUCCAGAACGUGGGGAAGAGCUACCUGCCCCACGCCGCUCUAGAGUGUCACUACACUCUCACCCAGUUCAUCAAACCACACCAGAAGGACUGGGUUGGCAUAUUCAAGGUUGGAUGGAGCACAGCGAGGGACUAUUACACAUUCUUGUGGUGUCCUGUUCCUGAGGACCACACCGAGGGCACUGCCAUCCACAGAGCUGUGGUGUUUCAAGGAUACUACGUACCCAACGAUGAUGGGGAGUUCUACCAGUUCUGCUAUGUGACCCACAAGGGGGAGAUCCGAGGGGCCAGCACGCCCUUCCUGUUCCGGGCUCAGAGCCCCUCAGAGGACGAGCUGCUGACUGUGGAGGAUGAGUGCAACUCGGACAUCCUGGUGGUGACCACCAGGACCGGAUACCUGGAGCAAAAGAUGGAGGAGGCCCACAGAGAGAAGGAGGAGCUGGUUCAGACCAUGAGCCUCCUGCAGAAUGAGAAGGAGCAGCUGGAGGAGGAGAAGGGGAGACUGCAUAAAGAGUGUGAGCAGGAGAAAGAGAAGUUUGCCCAACUGAGACGAGAAACCCAGGAGGUGCAGGUGUCGUGCCAGGCCCUGCAGGAGGAGAGAGAAGAGGUGAAAAGGAGGCUGGAGGAGGCCACAGCCAGGGUCCUGCAGUUGGAGGAUGACCUGAUAAGAGUCACCCAGAAGGGCCUGCAGAAAGAGACGGAGCUGGACAGCCUGAAGGACCGAGUGAAGAAGCUGACUCUGGAGAAGGACGGCCUGGAGUCACACCUGAAGGAUGAGAAGGAUGAGAAGGAGCUCUACAAGAUCCACCUGAAGAAGCGUGAGCUGGAGAACACCAAGCUGAGUGCAGAGCUGCAGAUGCUGAAAGCUGUGGAUGUAAACAAGGAGAACACCAUUGCUCAGUUCAAAGAGGAGGUGGGACGCCUCCGCUCCUGCCUCACUGAGAAGGAGAAACAACACAAGGAGGUCCUGGCCCAGGCCUCCCCCUUGAGUGAGCUGAAGGCCAUGAAGGAACAGCUUCGUCAGAAGGAAGAGCAGCUUCAGGCCAAACAGCAGCAGGCCUCCAUGUUGUCUGCUGAGCUGAGGGACGCGUCCAGCGCCCGCGACCGCACCAUGGCUGACCUGUACCGCAUGAGGCUGGAGACAGACGCCCUGCAGCAGGGGAAGCAGGAGGCCCUGGCCCAGUGUAGCCGUCUGGAGCGCCUGGUGAAACAGAUGAAGGAUGACGCCCAGCAGGAGGCGGAGCAGCAGGCUAAGUCUGAGGUGUGCAGGGUGGAGGAUGAGGCAGGGGCUGACCCAGCCACCGUGGCUGAGCUGCAGAGAGAGGUGGAGGAUGAGGCAGCGGCUGACCCAGCCACCGUGGCUGAGCUGCAGAGAGAGGUGGAGGACCUGAAGCUCCGGCUGCACAUGGCUGCAGAACACUAUAAGGAGAAGUACAAGGAGUGUCAGAGACUGCAGAGACAGGUGGUCAAGCUCUCUGAACAACCGGGGGAGCUGAGGAAGAACCCAGCAGCUGAGGCCAUGGCCGUCCCUCUGUCUGUCAGUCCAGACAUCUCUGUUCCAGGGAGUCCAGGUUCUGCUGACCCCAUGCUGGAGGCCAUCAUCCAGGAGAAACUCAAAGGUUUCAGCAGAGAGGCAUCCGACAGGAGCGACAAGUACAGGAAAUGCAAACAAAUGCUGAGUGAGGAGAAGGAGCGUAGCUGCAUGUUUGCUGAUGAGCUGGCCAAGAUGGAGGUGAAGCUGAAGGAGCAGCUGAAGACCAACGACAGCCUGAAGCUGCAGCUGGCAGCCGAGGAGGACCGCUAUAAGAGUCAGGUGGCUGAGAAGGGGCGUGCGCUGAAAGAACUGAAGGACACUCUGGCCGCUCUGAUGAAGGACAAGGAGAGACUUGAGGAGGAUCUCCAGAAGAGUGCUGGUGCUGGUAGGAAGACGGAGGCUGUAGUGUCAGAGGAGAUGAGAAUUCAGUCUGUGUUCCUGCAGUAUCCCCUGCCCUACCCCCAGGAUGCCCCCACUCCACUGCUGGUCCCCCAGAGCCCCACACAGCUGCACUUUGGGAACCCCUACUCCACCUCAGUCGCAAGAGACGGAGCGGACGGGGAGUUCUCUGAUGAUCUGCUGCCCCGCCUUCCCCCUGUGGGCCCCCCCUCCUGGGAUAGUAACGUGGUCUGCAUCCAGCCAGCACGCAACCUCAGCCGGCCCGACGGCCUGGAGGACCCAGAGGAGCAGCAGAACAACAACAACAAUGGCAAUACCAAUGAACAGCCUGCAGCAGCUACUGAACCCCACAGCCCAUUCUUAAAUGAUGGACAGACUCCCCUUGGCUUCGAGUCCAGUGUGAACGUCCACAUGCGCUGUCCACUGUGUGAGUUGAUCUUCCCUCCCAACUACGACCAGAGAAAGUUUGUGGAGCAUGUAGAGAGCCACUGGAAGGUGUGCCCCAUGUGCAGCGAGCAGUUCCCCCUCGACUGCGACCAGAAGAUCUUUGAGAACCACGUGCUCACCCACUUUGACUCCGCCAACAUGCUCAACUUUGACUAAAAACCUCAUCCACUACACCCUUCAUGUUCUGUCAGUCGCCACUGAAAUGAAACUGCCUUGCUCUUUUCCCCUGCCACAUGUAACAGGUGUGACGAUCUCAUUCUGAUUCACUUUUAGGACCGGUGACGUUUUGAUUAGCAUAUUUUAUUAACUAGGGAAAAGGUCUUCAUAUUCGGCAGUUGGUUCAUGUGCUCUGAUUUGAUGUAUAAUUCAGACCAGGGCUAUAUAUCUGUUUGAAUCAGUCUUUAAUAAUAGCUUCUUUAACAGGAAGUGUCCCAUUUAUUUGUUAUUCCUCUGAUUCUAUUAGUGAGAUAUGAGCGAUAUGUUAUGGCUGUGCUCAUCUCUGACCACUUGAUCAGUCCCAGACACUACUAUGUGAAGUCAGGGAAAGUAAGCUACGUCAAGCAUUUUACCAAAACAUACAUUUGAACUGUUCCAACCAAAAUGCUUUCCCCUGAGCUUCAUAGUAAAAUUCAGGUAUUCAUUAUGUUUAGAAAGCAGCUGCCUCGGUGCACUAUAUGCAGACAGACGGGACAAAUCCUUCUAAACCUGAUUAUUAUAUUAUCUUUAAAUCAUCUAUUUUAGAAUCUUUUAAGAGCCAAUGGCGUUAAGCUUUUUCAGUAUGUGUAUGUCUGGUUAGAAAGAGCUGUUAUAUUUUAGUGUCAGUUGAUUCUCAUGGUUUAGUUCUUCACUGGUUUGGUUGUCUGAAUAAAGAAGUCAUGUUUCACCUAUCGCUACUGAUUAACAUGCAUGCCAGGAUUCUGUUAGAUCAGAACCUAUUCUUUAUCAUUUGCUGUAAGUUAUUUCACGAUUAUAGAAAACCUUUGAUUUCUUUGAGUCCCAUGUAAUGAAAUCUGAAUUAAUAAAGUCUGUUUGGAAUAA